GUCUGUGAAACGGCCUUGCUUCUGAGGAAUAGAGACAAGGUUACUCAGCUGGUGAAGGUCACCAUGGACAGCUCACCUUAUUUCAAGUUGGUCGGCCCCAAUGGUGUGUGCCAUCAGAUCCCACCGGGCUCAUUUUGCACUAUAAACAUCCUUUUCACCCCUGAGGGGAGCAAGUUACUUUUCCUGCAGGAUCAUUUCCACCAGCUUGUCUGCAGCAGUGAAAGGGAAAAGGUCUCUGUGCCAAUCCAAGCCAUUGGUGCCCGCCCAGUCUUGGACUUCCCUGACCAGCUGGACUUCUCGUCGUGUCCAGUCAACCACAGCACCCAGAAGACUCUGCUGGUUCACAACACCGGGAACCUGGAAGCCUGUUACAGCCUCAGCACUGAGAGCCCUUUCACUGUCAGCCCAGCCACGGGAACCCUCGAUGUUGGUGAAGCCAAGCAAGUGACAGUGGAAUAUCACCCGCUGCAGACCGGGCACCAUUCCACAUCCCUGGCAGUGCACUGUGACAGAGGUGAAGAUACCCACACCAGACUUCUUGGAAAAGCUAAGGACUUCAACAUCGGGCUGGACAAGCUGUGUCACAAUCUGUCUCGGCCACCCCAGGAGAUAGCAAAGGCUCUUGUGAUGAAGCGCUAUGAGGAGCUGGACCUUUACGACCGCGAGUUGGAGAAGGAGACAGCAAAGAUUGAAGCAGACUCCAUGCUCUUCUCAGAUGACGUUUUCACCAUUGAGCCCUUGGAGGGAGAGGUUGGGCCACAUUGUUCAGCUGAAAUCAAGGUGUUCUUUAAACCCCGAGAAGCCCAAGUCUACAGAAAAGUGGCCUACUGUUCCAUCUCAGGCCGUGAGACCAGGCUGCCCCUGCGACUCACAAGGGAAGGCCUCGAGCCCUGCCUCCAACUCAGCUCUGAGGAACUGGACAUGGGGAAAGUUUUGGUUGGAGAAGCCUACAGCUACGAGACCAUGGUCUUCCAGUGCCACCUCCUGCUGCCAGCACAUGGUGCUUUCCUCAGUGUGUGGUGA